AUGCUCUCGACUACGCAACUCGCCUCGCCUCGUGCCAGGCUCCUCCUCGCUCGCAACGCCCUCAACUCCAGUCCGACCGCCGCUCAGCAGAGCCGACAGUUCUGCGGCUUCGACUUGGGCCGCCGCCGCCACCGCGUCUAUGCCCUCAAGUACCUCGUCUCCCUCAACAGACGCCUACCCUGGGAGCAUCUCAAGUCAGGGAGCCUCAAGGCGGCCGCCUCGUCUGCUGGGUCUAGUGGGAAAUACACCGACCUCAAGGACGUCAAGUCGUGGUCAGACGACCUGUCUGGAGCCCGUCCUGGCCGCAGCAUUGAGGACGUCGAGCGAGACGCCAUCAACCAUCUGUUCCACAAGGACGACAAUGUGUGGACGCCACUGCAGAACAUUCGAAACUAUCUGCACUCGAGCCUCCAGCACUCUGACAAGGUCACUGCGGAGAGCGUGUUGAGAGCCACAACCGAUGACAGCCUCAACUUUAUCGACCCCAUCACCAACCGACGAGUGUCACGCGCGGAGCGCGGCAAGUACUCGGCAAUCAAGUUUGACGACCCCAAUGCGCCUCGAAAGCUGACUCCCGAGGAAGAGUCCAAGCAGUACACUGAUCUUGGCGACUACAAGCCCUCCAAAUGGAACGAGCCCGACGGACUGCCUCAGCUGACUCCCGAGGAGCGUUCCAAGAUCUACGGGGACUUGCCUGAGUACUCCAAGAUGAAGAUUGAUAACCCCAAUGCGCCUCGCAAAUUGACACCCGAGGAAGAGUCCAAGAACUAUGACGACCUGGACAAGUACACAUCCGUCACCUGGAACGAGCCGAAUGGGCUUCCGCAGCUCACUCCGGAGGAGAAGUCGAAGAUGUACGAAGAUCUGGACCAGUACGGCCCGGUCACGUGGAACGAGCCGAAUGGCCUGCAGGAGAGGUCGCUGGAGGAAAAGUCCAAGGACUACAAGGACCUGCACAAGUAUGGCCCGGUAACUCACGACGAACCCGACGGCCUCCGACGCCUGACGCCGGAGGAAAAGUCGAAGGACUACACGGACCUUCACGCCUACGGCGGCCCCUUUACCUGCAGGGAGUCCGUGCUCAGGGACUACGAGGCUCUGCAGAACGAUCCCACGCCCAAGGCCGAGCCGAUUCCCGCCAAGGUUCAAGUGAGCGACGCCGCCAUGCCUCAGUAUGACGACCUGGACAAGUAUGGCCCUGUCCGUUGGCAUGAGCCCGAUGGUCUCCGGCCGUUGACUCCCGAGGAGCUCUCCAAGGACUACGAGGACCUCUACAUGUACUCGCAAUACCCCAACGCCGGCCCCAGGACUGCUCGCGUGCAUCCGGAAGAGGCCUCAAAGGCAUACAAAGACCUGCCCGAGUACUCGGCGUUUCCGAAUGCCGGGCCAAAGGUGGAGAGAAUCCACCCCGAAGAAGCGUCCAAGAAGUACAAGGACCUUCCUGGCUACGCCGUUGACGGCUUCGUGGAGCCAGCAAAGACGCGCCACAUCCACCCCGAGGAGCUGACCAAGAACUACGCCGACUUGGGCAACUAUGAGCCGCAGAGCUUUGAGUCUCCCGAGAAGCCUUACCCCAUGCACCCCGAGCAGGCGUCCAAGGCCUACAAGGAUCUCCAUGGCUACAAUGCAAGCUCUCCGGACGUGGAGAGCCAGGAGGCUCCGGAUGUCGUUGCUGCCAGCCUUCGGGAGUACGACGCAAAGGAGAAGCUGCAGGCCGACAUGGCGGCUUCUGGCGCGACUCAUCACGGGAGCGCCAUUGAGGAGGCAGAGCGCGCGCUGGAGUCGCUGACGGCGGAUGACAUUCGAGGCCAGGUGCUGAGCAGGGUCCGCAUGGCCGCCAAGGAAGAGGAAGAAGAGGCCGCGAUGGAGAUGAGUUCCAUGGAUGAGAGUUUUCCCAGUGAGUUGUCGAAGUCCGAAUCCGAGCCGAUCGAAGGCAUCACCCGCAAGCUGGCCGAAAUGCGCGCCGAGAAGGACCCGUACUCUAACGAUCCAAAGGGACUAGAAACCAGCUACUCUGAGGAAUGCGGUGGCGAGACGGCAGGGACCGUGGCCAAGCACUACGAGCCCCCGCCUCCCACGGCGACGGUGACGGUGAGGUUGACAGAGGAGCCGGCCCAGUACAAGAUCCUGGCCUACGACGCGUCGACCAAGUCUGUCAGCGUUGCCGAGACCACCUCUGACGAUGCCGAUGUUUCGUCCCCUCCCAAGCUGACGGAGGUGCUGCUGCGGCUGUCGCACGCGUCCAAGUUUCUUCCUUACUUCAAGCCCCUGCAGGAGCAAGGCUACGACAUUGUGUCUGGCGGAGGCGACGUGCUCAUUUUCCGCAAGACGCGGCCCGCCGUCGCCAACGCCAGUGAUCUCCCCUGUGAUGCUGCUCCCAGCAGCCCGGUUCGCGUCAACCCGGUGGACAUGAUGGGCCAGUCCGUGGCGGGCAACUUUGCCAGUCCCACCGGCUUUGUUAACUACGACAGCCUCGAGGACAGCCACGUGAAGCCGGCGCCGCCCGUGAGCACCAGCCAGCAGACGCGCAGAGACGAGGCGGAGCGGAUGGGGCCGGCGUCCCCGGAGAAGAAGAAGAGGAGCUUCGGCAAGAAGGUGGUGAUGGGCACGGUCUGGGUGGGCGGAGCGGCAUAUGCCGUGGGAGCGCUGGCGGAGCACUUUUCCGCUGCCGGCAAAUAA